AUGGUAAGCAAGGUAAGGUCUUCUCGAGAGCAACCUAAUUGGAUUGGUGAUACUCUAUGGGAACAGAUGAAUGCAUAUUGGAACACUGAAGAAGCUAGAGAGAAGAGUGCAACCACAUCAGGGGCUCGGAUGUCUGAACGUAAGGGUCUUGGUCCUCACAUCCACUAUUCAGGCCAGAAGUCUUAUCUCCAAAUCCAACAAGAGAUGGAAGAAGAACUGGGAAGACCGGUGAGUCUUGGUGAAGUUUUCAUCAAGACUCAUACAAAAGCAGAUGGUACUUUUGUAGACCGAAAGGCACAGAGCGUGGCUGAAAGGUAUCAGAAGAACUUGGAAGCUAGAAUGUCUGAACUCAGGACACUAGAUGAUGAUAUCUUAGAGGAGAUAACCGUAGAAGAGGAAAACGACCUAUUUCUUCAGGUAAUUCGACAUUUACAAAUGAAAGAGGUUCCAUAUGGAAUUGGAAGUCUCUCACAGUCCCAUGUCAAUGGGAAAAGGACGUACCCGGGAAGCCCUUCAACCUACCAAACUCUGCAAGAACAGCUUGAAGCAGCUCACCGGAAAAUAGAGAACAAGCAGCAGAGAAUACAAGGCGGGAGGCUGAGCUUACAAAAGUUUCUGAAGUGCAGCAAGCCAAGAUCAACAAACUAUCCUUGGUCGAGAAAUCUGCCAAAUGAUGGUCCGAUGACUGCUGCUCCAGAAAAUGCUGCUCCGUCCUCUUCUUCUAAUCCAACCACUCAGCCCUCGGCAGCAUAG